AUGGCGUCAUCUUUCUUUUCUGAUUUUGGCCUGAUGUGGUACCUGCAGGAGCUCAGGAAGGAUGAGUUCAGAAAAUUUAAGGAGCUCCUCAAGCAGGAGCCUCUGCAGCUUGGACUCAAUCUCAUUCCCUGGACUGAAAUAAAGAAGGCAACACGGGAAGAUCUUGCAAACCUUCUGAUGACGCAUUACAGAAAACAGCAAGCAUGGAAUGUGACUUUCAACAUCUUUAAAAAGAUGAAUAGAAAAGAUCUCUGUGAAAAGGCCAAGAAAGAGAUUACAGGACACACAAAAUUGUACCAAACACACAUAAAGGAGAAAUUCAACAACAUGUGGCUCAGAGAAUCUAUCCCCAGGGGUCAAGAUUACUUAAAUCCUAUACUCACCCAGAAAGAAUGUGGAAACUUGGAACUUUUUUUUGCUCCCAAGAAAACUGGGAAACAGGCACGGACAGUGCUUCUCAAAGGAGUUCAAGGGGUUGGGAAGACAACAUUCAUGAUCAGGCUGAUGUUGACCUGGGCAGCAGGCAAGCUUUUUCAGGAGAGAUUCUCCUACGUUUUCUACCUAUGCUGCCGGGAAAUGAAGCAGUUGGAAGAGGCAAGCUUGGUUACAUUAAUCUCUAGAGAGUGGUCUGACUCCUCCGCUCCUGUCGUGGAGAUCCUAUCCCAACCAGAGACAUUGUUGUUUAUCAUUGACAGCUUUGAAGAACUGCAGUGCGAUCUGAGCGAACCCGAGUCGGAUCUGUGCAGCGACUGCACCGAGAAGUUGCCAUUCUGGGUGCUCCUGGGCAGCUUGCUGAGGAAGAAGAUGCUGCCCGAGUCCUCCCUGCUCAUAGUUGCUUCACCUGUGUACUUCCUGGAAGUUGAGGAUAGGUUGAAGUGCCCAGAAAUUAAAUCAUUCAUGGGACUCAGUGAGACCGAUAAGAAGAUCUUUUUCUGCUCUAAUUUUCAAGACCGGAGUACAGCCACAGAAGCCUUGGAUUUCGUGAAAGAAAACGAACAUUUGUUUGCCAUCUGCCAAAUCCCCGCCCUUUGCUGGGUUGUGUGUACUUGUCUGAAGCAGGAAAUGGAAAAGGGGAAUGACCUGGCCCUCAACUGCUGGGGUGCCACCUCUCUUCUUAGCACUUUCAUCUUUAACCUGUUCACACCCAAGGGGGCUAGCUGUCCAGACAAGCAAGGCCAACGCCAGUUGAAGGGCUUGUGUUCCUUGGCCGCAGAGGGCAUGUGUACUGACAGGUUUUUGUUCAAUAAAGAGGAUCUAAGGAGAAAUGGGUUACUUGGUUCUGACCUCUCUACGUUGCUGGACAUAAAGGUUCUUAAGAAAUAUAGGGAGGAAGAGAGCUCCUACAUGUUUCUCCAUGUGUGUGUCCAGGAGUUCUGUGCCGCCAUGUUCUAUUUUCUAAAGAGCCACACUGACCAUCCUAACCCAGCUGUUAAAUGUACAAAGACAGUGCUAUUUACCUUUUUAAAGAAAGAAAGGGCAUAUUGGAUUUCGCUGGGGUGUUUCAUAUUUGGCCUUUUAAAUGAAAAGGAACAACAGAAGCUGGAGGCAGUGUUUGGCCGCCACCUGUCCCAGGAGACCCUGCAGGAGUGUCACCAGGUCUUGCAGGACAUUGGUGAGAACAAGCAUCUUCAGAAACAGAUAGAUUACUUGGCGUUAUUUUACUGUCUAUUUGAGAUGCAGAAUGAAGGUUUUGUGCGGUGGGCAAUGGACUUCUUCCAAGACGUUAACAUCUGUAUCAUGGACCAUUUGGACUUGAAGGUCUCUUCCUACUGCCUAAGAUACUGCUCCAGCUUGAGGAAGCUCUGGGUCACCAUCCAGAAGGUCUUUCAAGUGGAAAAGGAAGACAACUCUGCGUCAACAUAUAGUAUCCUCUAUUGGCAUGAUGUCUGCUCUGUGCUCACAAACGAGCACUUCAGAGAACUCGAAGUGAGCCACAGUAGCCUCAGUGAGUCAGCUUAUGUAGCUCUGUGUAAUCAGCUGAGGCAUCCCAGCUGCCACCUUCAAAGGCUUCAGAUAAAUAAUACUACCUUUGAUGGUGACAAGGGGCUUUUCUUUGAGGUGCUCACUCACAGUCCAGAUUUGACAUGCCUGAACCUCAAUGGUACAGCACUCUCCCGCAAUGAUGUGAAGUUGCUCUGUGAUGCCCUGAACAAUCCAAUGUGCAACAUAGAACUGCUACUGCUGGAAAAUUGUCUCCUUUCACCGAAGGAUUGUGAAGCCUUUACCUGUGUCCUAAACAGCAACAAGAAUCUGAAGCUUCUUCAUGUAUCCUACAACCUCUUGGACCAAGGUGUGCCCCUGCUGUGUGAGGCCUUGCAGCGCCCUGACUGUGCUCUGGAGGGCUUGAUAUUAACUUCCUGUUACCUCACUGAACGCUCCUGGAAAAGCCUCCACAAUGUUCUUCUGUGUAACAAGAGCUUGACCCAUCUAGACCUCAGUGUCAACGUCCUGAGAUACGAAGACUUGAAGGUUCUCUGUGACGCCUUGAAGCAGCCGAGCUGCCAACUGUGGUCACUCUGUCUGGUGAAAUGCUCCAUCACUGCCGAAGGCUGCAGAGACCUCGCCUCGGUCUUCACUGGCAAUUCGAACCUGAAAAUCCUGUAUAUCAGCUACAAUGACCUAGAAGAUGUUGGCGUGAAGCUGCUGUGUGAGGGUCUGGCACAUCCCAACUGUCACAUAGAAAUCCUCGGGCUGGCUAGGUGCAAGCUAACCAGCGCCUGCUGUGGGGACCUCUCCCGGGUCCUCACCAGCAGUAAAACGCUGCAGAGUCUGAACCUGAAAGGAAACGCCCUGGACCCCGACGGAGUGGCGGUGCUGUGUGAAGCCCUGAGACACCCAGAGUGCACCCUGCAGCUUCUCGGGCUGCAAAAAACUGAUUUUGAUGAGGAAACUCAGAUACUCCUGAAGGCUGCAGAGGAGCAAAAACCUUCCUUGACAAUUAUAAGCACCUACUGACUCGACUCCUGACUCCAGCGCACCUGCAGACGAGUUACCAGAGCCCUCACUCCUGCCUACUCUGUCCCUGGGAAUUGCAGUUCCAGACACUGAUGUGAACCCUGAUCUUUCUGCGGCCCCCAAUUUGGAUACUUCAGAUACUAUGUGUGUGUGUGGUUUUUAUUUG